GCAUGCUUUGCUUUGCUCAAACCAAAACAGCUGCUACUGUUAAUGAUAGUGGUAUCACCGCAGAGGCAGUUUUAAAACGGUAGUUGUCACUUCAUGGGCUGCUUUUCAGAAAGGAGAACGACGACAACAAAGAGAGGCAGAUGGGACAAGUGGAGAAAGAAAGAAAACAUGCUCAAAUACAGCAAGAGGAUACGAGAGCGAUGAAGAGACCAGUCACAAAAAGACGGCUGUGUCUCAGGAAGCAGAGCAGUGGUUUCAUCCCUGGCGCCUCCAGUCUGCACGUCGAAGCAUCCAUGGGCAAGACAUUGAACCCAAAAUUGCUCCCAGCGGCUGUGUGCGUCCAAUCACAGUGGAGGAGGGUCUGGACAAAUGGCCUACCACAAAGACCAACCGUCACAUCGCUGAACACCAACUACAGUGGAGGGGAAAAUAAUACUGAGCCCACACAGAUUGGCGGGUCUGUCCUCUUGCCCUACAUGCUUCAACCUUCCCUUCAUCAAGAGCAGAAUCAUGGCGAUGCUACAUGGCGAUCUCCGAGGACGAGGACCUGCACCCUGUGUAGAUAUAAACGGCUCAAUACAAGUUGCAGUUGUAGUGCCGUGCGGAGAGAGGAGGUGGCACCAGACGCAGGACUCGGGAUUGUGGUUGAGACCUCGACCGCUGUUUAUUUCACAGCAACACUUUCACAGCAACAUCUCUGCUGCUGGCAUCACACCCUCAUCAAAAAAGCUGUUUGGAGGAGCUGCAUUUCCAUCUUCCAAAUUAACCUGCCCUGUGCUUCACCAUGCUGCCCGCACUGUCACAUCCUCCGAGGGAUUCCAUCCACUGACCUCCUCUUAACCCCCCGCUACACCAACCUGACACUGUCUGCUUUCAACAACGUUCAACUUGUUUUAUUGGACUCAUUUCCCUGGAACAUUCCCCGGAUUUGUUUUGGAUGUCAUAAUAUUAGAUUAUCUCUUCAAACCCUUUUUAUUUUACUGUAACUGGCGUUUUUCCAUAUGGCUCAUAUUCCAUCCCCAGCUUUCUUUCUUUCUUUGAAUCUCCUCCUCCAAGGUUUUGUCCUUUUUUCCCCUCUUAUGUUGCUCUACAGUAAACACACAAUAGAUGCCAAUUUAUUUCUCAUUUUAUUAGAUUGUCUGAGCAGCCUGGACUUUCUUGCUGUCUAGUUCCCAGCUGGUUCAUGUAAACUGACAUGCCUGCUGGCUGUUUGUAUUGAGUUUAGUCUGCCUGGUUUGUUGCUUGUCAAUAUGAAUGAUGAAUUAAUGAAGUGGUAGGCAGCCUGACUGACCUACCAAAAGCCAUUAAA